GGGAGACUGUGGUCACACGCUGUUUCGAUAUGCAUAAACUGACAGAACAGAAACACCCAUUUUCACACUGCUGCGGGAGCUCACAGCAAAAACCCAACACCUUCAGUGUGAAGGCAAGCAGAAAAAUAUAAGUGACUUCUGAAGACUUUUGACAAUCUUCUCAACCAGAAAUAAGCUGCUCCCCCAGUGCUCCUUCAGGAUGGCGGCAUGGGACCUGUCAGUCAGUGUGGAGGAACUAGGCCCUGAAGCUCCACCCAUUAAAAUCAGCGUAACCUCUGACCUUCACAUAGGCGGGGUCAUUCUGAAAAUUGUAGAAAAAACACAGAUGCAGCAGGAUUGGUCAGACCAUGCAAUUUGGUGGGAGCAGAAGCAGCAGUGGGUCUUGCGGACAUCCUGGACACUCGAUAAAUGUGGGAUCCAUGCGGAUGCUCGACUGCACUUCACCCCCCAACACAAGCCUCUUCGGCUGGGCCUGCCUAACGGAAUCACCUUGCGGCUCCGUGUCUGCUUCUCCAGCUCCAUGUUCCGUACUGUGCAGGGAAUCUGCAGGAUUUUGAACAUCCGCCAUCCAGAGGAACUGUCUCUGCUAAGGCCAGUGGAGGAGAAAAAGAAAAAGAAAGACAAAGAUUCUGUGGAGGAGGAGUAUGACCUAACAGACGUCCCACUGACAUCAGGAUCAGUUCCAACUCUGUAUAAUGGCAUGCCGGCUCAUUUUGCUGACUCCCCUAAAACUGAGGCUGUCUAUAAGAUUCUGUCUGUGUGCCAGCCGUCUCCUGCUCCGGAGACCAUCGCUAAACUCUACCGACCAGCCAGCAAGGUGGACAAAACACACAUCCAAAGCAGAUGGUUGGAUUCAUCACGAUCACUCAUGGAGCAGGGAAUACAGGAGAAUGAGAAGCUGUGGUUACGCUUCAAAUACUACACCUUUCAUGACAUGGAACCCAAGUACGAUGAGGUGCGUCUGACGCAGCUGUAUGAGCAGGCACGCUGGGCAAUCCUUCUGGAGGAUAACGACUGUACUGAGGAAGAGAUGAUGCUGUUUGGAGCCCUGCAGUACCAUAUAGGGAAGCUGUCAAUGUCACAGGAUGGUAAUGCCAACCAAGGCAUGGAUGACCUGGACUCUGCCCUGAAAUCUCUUGAGGUCAAGAUUGUGGGAGAUAACAGCAACACAAACCAGCUGGAAAACAUGACCCCUCCAGAACUGAAUGACUAUUUGAAAAUAUUUCGGCCCAGGAGACUAACUCUGAGGGACUACAAACAAUACUGGUUCAAAUUUCAGGACACUUCUAUCUUCUAUUACAAGAGUAAAGAAGAUAGCUUCGGAGAGCCCAUCCAGCAAUUGCACCUGAAAGGCUGUGAAGUGGCUCCUGAUGUGAACAUAGCAGGACAGAAGUUCUGUAUCAAACUCCUCAUCCCAGUGCCAGAGGGCAUGACGGAGGUAUAUCUGCGAUGUGAGAAUGAGAAGCAGUACUCUGAGUGGAUGGCGGCCUGUAAGCUGGGGUCUAAAGGCCUGACCUUGCUGGACCCUUCUUAUCAGAGUGAAGUGAAAAACAUCCAGUCCUUCUUGGCCAUGCAGCACUCCAGUUCAUCUGGUUCAACUGUACAGGCUGACGAAGUCAUUAACACACAGAGCCUUGUCUCACCUCGCUACAACAAAAAAUACAAGGCCAAACAGUUAACCCCACGGAUCCUGGAGGCUUAUCAGAACGUGGCUCAGCUCUCCCUUACAGCAGCUAUUUUGAAGUUCCUCCAGAUCUGGCAGUCCCUGCCUGACUUUGGUAUUUCCUAUUUCAUGGUCAGAUUUAAGGGUAGUCGUAAAGACGAGGUCCUGGGCAUUGCAAACAAUCGCCUGAUCCGUAUCGACCUGGGAGUUGGAGACGUAGUGAAGACCUGGCGUUACAACCACAUGAGGCAGUGGAACGUCAACUGGGACAUACGACAGGUGGCCAUUGAGUUUGAUGGCAACAUCAACAUAGCCUUCAGCUGUGUGACUGCAGACUGUAAGAUAGUGCACGAGUACAUUGGGGGCUACAUCUUCAUGUCAACACGUGCAAGAGAGAAGAGUGACACACUGAAUGAGGACCUUUUCCAUAAACUCACUGGGGGCCAUGAAGCUCUUUAAUCGGCACUGAUGCCCUGACAGCAGGACCGAAGAUCAUUUUGUAGUUCAUUUCUGUACAUCAGGCCAAAAAAACAUUACUUUGUUUCACAUGCUUUCAUUAAAAAAAAAUGAAAAAUUCA